CAUGCGCACUGACUGCAUUCGCUGUUCGCGAGAUCUCUGCGGGUGUAUUGUUGGUAACUGUCUUAUCUAAAUACAACGGUAACCUAUACAAGAAGGGGGGGGAAAAAAAGGUGUAGUUGUCCAGUGUUUGAUCAACUGGGCGUUUGCCUGCGAGCAUCUGCAAGUUUCGGUCAAUCACCUCGCAAAAAUGGAUUUCCAACAUCGAGCUGGAGGGAAGACUGGCAGCGGAGGGGUGGCGUCCUCCUCGGAGAGUAAUCGGGACAGACGAGAGCGGUUACGCCAGCUGGCUCUGGAGACCAUUGACAUCAAUAAAGAUCCCUACUUCAUGAAGAAUCAUUUAGGAUCAUACGAGUGCAAACUUUGCCUGACGCUUCACAACAACGAGGGCAGCUACUUAGCCCAUACACAAGGAAAGAAACAUCAGACCAAUCUAGCGCGGCGAGCUGCCAAAGAGGCUAAAGAAGCGCCAGCUCAGCCAGCUCCAGCUAAAGUGAAGGUCGAGGUCAGGAAGUUUGUGAAAAUUGGUCGGCCCGGAUAUAAAGUAACCAAGCAGAGGGAUCCAGAAACUGGGCAGCAGUCUUUACUUUUCCAGAUUGACUACCCAGAAGUGGCCGAAGGUAUCGGGCCCCGGCACCGUUUCAUGUCUGCAUACGAACAGCGCAUCGAGCCCCCCGACCGCCGUUGGCAGUACCUGCUGCUGGCCGCAGAACCUUAUGAGACAAUUGCAUUUAAGGUCCCCAGUAGAGAAAUUGACAAAGCAGAGAGCCGCUUCUGGACACACUGGAAUCGAGAAACGAAACAGUUCUUCCUUCAGUUCCACUUCAAAAUGGAAAAAGCUCUCAUACCACCCAGUGGUCCACCGCCUCCGGCUGGUAUGAAGCGUCCUCCACCUCUUAUGAGUGCUCCUCGCCCACAAAACGAGUCCAUGCCCCCACCUCCAGGCGGGAUGAUCCUCCCCCCUGGUGCCCCCGGUACUCCUCAAAUGCCUCCUCAGAUGCCCAUGCCACCAAUGCCAAUGAGGCCACCACCCCCUGAGGCUAUUUAAAUGGGUAACAAUUAAUUGUGUUAAAGCUGGUUAUGUUUUUGUAUUUCUUUUCUUUUCUUUUUUUUCUCUCUCCAUCUGGUGUGUUUUCAGAUGUCUGAUUAUGGAGUGAUACAUUUGAAAACAAACUAAUUUUUAAGAUUUUGUAAUUAAAUAUUCUUGAA